AACAACCGCGAGUGCGACAAUUGAGAGUGAGAUUCACACUCGAACCGUCGCCGCUUGCCCGCACCUGCUCUCUUCUGCGCGACUUUACAUGCACCACCAGCCGCGGUUCGAGUCGCAACCUCGCCUACGAGCAACCGAAACCUUUGAAUCCAAAUUCCUCGAGGACUGCCCGUCUCAUCAUCCCCAGCUCGUCUGUCUUGUGGCGCCGAUCCGAACCUUGGCCACAGCAGCGCCCUCCAACGACCCCUCGCGAGAGCUCCAUCCCUCCAAGUCACCACAUCAGACGCGUUCAUCACCAGUCUGCCUCCAGACAGGCAGCCUGCCGUCGCCAUGGACGAUCGGUAUAUCGUCUACGAGAACCGUCUCUCGUCUUUUCUAGGCCCACAAGCCGUAUCGAAGCAAAGACGCGCCUCCAAUACCAGCUCGAGAGCCCCCAAGACGCUGUCAUGGCCACACAAGUUUCUGCCGCCGUUUGAGCUCGCCAAGGCCGGUUUCUUCUUCGACCCCCAUCCGGGCAACCCAGACAAUGUAGUCUGUUUUCUCUGCAACAAGAACAUGGACGGCUGGGAGGCCGACGACAGCCCCAUCGAGGAGCACCUAAAGCACUCCCCCAACUGCGGCUGGGCCGUCACUGCCGCCGUCGAGGCCGAGUGCCAGGGCAUGGAGCAGGUAGACCCCAGGGAUCCUCGCAUGGUCGAGGCGCGCAAGGCCACCUUCGCCGGGAAGUGGCCCUACGAGAGUAAGAAGGGCUGGAAGUGCAAGACAAAGCAGCUGGCCGAAGCCGGGUGGAUAUACACACCAACAAACGAGUCAGACGACAACACCACCUGCGCAUACUGCCAACUCUCUCUGGAUGGCUGGGAGGCCGGAGACAAGCCUAUGGACGAGCACUUUAAGAGAGCGUCGGGCUGCCCAUUCUUCGAACUCAUCAACAAGAACCCAGCACCUCCGAAGAAAGUACCAAAGUCCAGACUCCCGCGGGGCUCCAAGAUUUCUCGUGUAUCAACACAGUCGGCUGUCACGGCCGCCUCUGACGUCACCUCUGUCGCCGAUAUCACAGCCGACCACGAAGAUAGCGUCAUGACGAUGGCAUCGGUCACCACAACAGCCAGCAAGAAGACGACGAGGACCAGGAAAGCCCCUGCGUCAAAGGCCAGGAGGACCAAGGCGAAGAAGGACGAGCCUGUCGAGAUCCAUGAGGAUGUUGACGCCCAAGAUGUGGACAUGCCGCCGCCGCCUCCGCCAAAGCCUGCGCGAGGGCGGAAGAGGGCAAGCGAUGCUGUCGAGGAUUCGGUGCUCACAAAUGCUGAAGCGCCCGCGCCGAAGAAGCGCGCGACGAGGACCCGUGGAAGCCAGAACCCCAACGCGUCGGUUGUGAGCAUCACGUCACAAGCCGACGUCGAGAUGCAAGACGCCGAUGCACGUCCAAAGGCAACAGCUACAAAGAAGCGGGCCGCAACAACCGCCAAGACAAAGUCUCGCAAAGCCUCUGCCACCUCUGCCAUGUCCACCUCUGCCAUGUCCACCUCUGUCAUGUCCAUCUCUGUCAUGUCCACCACGUCUACAGCUUCUCUCCACGCUGGCGACGUCGACGACAAGCUCGAGCGCCAACUACAGGCCGACUUGGACCGCCCAUUAACAGAUGAGGAGGACCUUGCCGGCCCCUCGGGACUGGGUAGCAAGAACGAUCCCGUAGAAGCACCCAAGCCCAAGGGAAAGAAGGCUGUGGCCAAGAAGGUACCUGUGCGAGAGUCUCGAGACGAAGCCAACGCCGACUACGCCAUGUUCGAUCCGGCUCCUGCAGAGCCCAACGACACAUCAGUGGACGCAGAAUUUGAGGCUCUCGAGGCCGAGGUUUCGGCUGCACCACAGCCGCAAGAGCUCGCCGUUCCCAAGAAGGGUCGGAAGCCUGCUGUGCGCAAGGUAUCGAAACAGGUCAAGAAGGCCAAAGAGCCUGAACCCGAGCCUGAGAUGGUGAUGGAGCCCAAAGUCGAGCAGUCCGAGCCUGCCAGGAAGCCUAGCCUCGCAGCGGACCAGCUUGAGGAUGAUCCCGAUGUCGAGGUGUUCCAUGACGCCUCCGAGGUGCACGAAUCGAGCACUGCUACUGUUGUUCAGCAAGAAGCGCCUCCAGCAAAAAGGGGCCGGGGCCGGCCGAAAAAGUCAACCGCAUCCCGAGCCUCUACAUCCAGCCAGCAGUCACGAUUGUCAACGGCACCUGUGCCCGAAUCGAAGAGGUCAUCCCUGGCUACGGCCGAGCCAACCCGCGCCCAAGAGCCGGAAACAACCAAGGGCUCCGCCGCUGCGGUCGCAAGCAAGCCCCGCGCCGCCAAGGCACCUGUCGCUGUGUCGCCCCCUCCCGCGCAGAAGCCCAUGCCGAUUCCACCAUCGGCAUCCCGCCAGCUCCCGCCCCCACCCGCCACCCCGUCGGCAAAGCAAGCCGCUUUAUCCCCGUCCCAAUCGCCACAGUCUUCGGAUGCUGAGAAUCAGCCUCCCUCGUCGAGAGCAGCGGCCGGCACUGUUAUGAAGAAGGUGGUAUUGGCACCCAGCAGCACCCAACAACAUCACGUCUACGAUGUCGCUUCCACCCCGGUGCGCGCCGGCACGGCCUCGCCUUCCAAGCGUUUCCAGGGCAACCCCAGGACCAUCGGCGGGCUUCAGAGCACUACUCCCUGGACCGAGGUGGAUCUCGACCUUGUGUUUGCGGAGCACGGGCUUGAUGGCGACGAGCGGGAUGCCAACAAGGAGAACGGCCUCGACUCGGCAGCCGCCCGUUUUGUAACCAAGGGUAGUGACCUGACAUCACCCGAGAAGCGCAUGACGGUUGAGGAGUGGAUCUACUACAACGCCGGCCAGGCCGAGAAGAGGCUCAGGCAAGAGUGCGAGGCCCUGGUGAGCUCGUUCGAAAGGGAGGGCUCAAGGGCUAUGCGCGUCCUGGAGGAGAUUGUUGUGGAGCCCUGAACUGUGAGGGACAGCCCAUGGUUGUUUAAUAUCCCUUGUUUCUUGUUUUUGCUAUUUUGUCACUGUUUUUUGUUCUUUUCACGUCAUGACGUUCAGCAUGGAAGCGUCUGUUCAACUGCGCGAGCUACAUCGAAGCGGAUACGACGUAUGUAUUGGAAAACCCUAGGCUACAGGUGGGAGGGUUUGAGAGGCGUUUUUUUUCUGGGUUCGCAUGUCAGCCUUGGUUGCGGCAUAAUCUGUUUGGGUGGGUGGGAUACGGUGUGCAUACAAGAUCCCUGCGAUCUGUCUCUUUUGCUCUUUGGCCGCCAGUUGCACCCUUCUUGUGGUCAAGGCUAGAGGCCGUCCUUGUUUGGGUUGGUACAGCCUGGGUUUCUGUCUGUUUGAAUCACUCUGGGUAAUAAAGGUCAUGGACCGACUUCCAGUUUAAGUCUCCAUUGGAAAUUUGACUCCAACCGUUCCUUAAUUCUACUUGGUCGCGGCCC